AUGUACCGAAGAACAGGCGAGUUUUUUGGCAUUAACGAGGCACUGUUCGCAUCGGCACUUGCCGCCAUGGUCUUCAGUAUCUUCGCCUGCCAACCUUUGACUAUCGUCGGCGUUACCGGUCUGAUCGCGCUCUUCAACUACACUAUCUAUGACAUCGUCGGUCACUAUGAUAUCACCUUGUAUCCGCAAGUAAUGGCCUGGACUGGCAUAUGGGCCGCGAUCUUCCACUGGAUAGUAUCUUUAGGGAACUUCUGCGAUUACAUGGGCUACAUCACGGACUUUUCGAGCGAGUCGUUCGGAAUGUACGUAGGUAUUAUCUACAUGAUCAAGGGCGUCGAGGAGCUCGUGAACGAAUUCGAGGUCGCAGGAAACGCUGCCGGCUACCUUUCCUGCGUCAUCGGCAUCCUAUAUUUCGGAUCGGUCUACGGUUUAGAGAAGCUAGGAGGUAGUACCCUCUGGAAACCGUGGUUUCGUGGAGUGCUCGCCGACUACGCCUACGUAUUUCCGACACUGUUCUGGGUAGGGUUCUCUCACAUACCGGGGCAUCUGAAGAGCACGCACGUAACCUUCGUGCCUACGUCGAAAGCCUUCCAUCCGACCCAGCCCCGGAACUGGGUGAUUGAUUUCUGGAAUCUUGAUAUUGGUUGGGUGUUCGUCUCACUGCCAUUCGGCUUUCUUACCAUGCUCUUAUUCUAUUAUGAUCAUAACGUUAGCAGCUUGACUGCUCAAGCUCGCCAAUUCCCGCUCAAGAAGCCCGCUGGGUUUCAUUGGGAUUUCUUCCUCCUCGGUUGCACCACUUUCGUCGCUGGUGUUAUCGGGCUACCUAUGCCGAAUGGACUCGUCCCGCAAGCACCUGUCCACACAGACUCGCUCACAAACUACGAAACACGCCUUGAUAUCAUCAAAACCAAAGACCACGAUAUCCCUGAGAUCAGAAGACCAUUAGUGGAAGCCACGGCGGUUGUGGAACAACGCAUCUCCCACUUCCUCAUGGGUCUUGCGCUCUGGGGUACAAUGACGGGGCCGCUACUGAUAGUGCUGCAUACAAUGCCGGCCGCAGUGUUCGCCGGUGUCUUUUUCGUCGUUGGUUGGGGUUCCAUCGAAUCCAACGGCAUCCUUCAAAAGCUCAUCUACCUGAGCUCCGAACAACGCUUCCUCGCACCCGAGAACCCGCUCAACGAACUACCACGUAAGAGAAUCAGCUUGUACAUCGGCCUACAAAUCUUCGGCGUCGCCAGUUGUGUGGCCAUCUCGCAGACCAUCGCAGCCAUCGGCUUCCCCGUCCUCAUUAUCGCUCUGAUCCCCCUGCGCACAUUCUUGAUGCCUCGCUGGUUCACCACGCACGAGCUGUCCAUACUUGAUGCUCUUACAGCAAGCAACAAAGCAGUACUAGCGAGCUUAGGCGGACAGCCAUCAAAGAUGAAGGAAUUCGUCGAAGAAAGUGAUGUUGAUGAAGCUUUCAAUGAGAUGAGGGAAGCCGAAGGGAUGGAACGUGUGGAAUCGGGUCAUGAGAGCGAUCUUCACCGCCAGCGAAGUCAUAGUGCUGUUAGGCAGCGCAUGGGAAGUAUUACGCGGCAGACAGCGCAUAGGAUUAGGUCGCAUUCGACGGAGAGGGAGAAGGAAGAAGGUACGGGGCGGCGGGAAGAGUGA